AUGGAGGUGAUAUUGAAUAGUCUGUUUGUUGUGUUGGUGUGCAGCUUCCUAUCCCUUUCUCAACAGUGUACCAAUCCUGGAUAUCCCUUUGAAAAACACCUCUCUUCAAAAACGCCAUACAGAUUCGUGUCAAAUCAGAGCUUUGAUAGAAUUUUAUAUGAAGGAUGUAUUCCUCAGAAAAUCUGGAUGCUAGUGAGACAUGGGACAAGAUAUCCAGAAUAUGGAUUCAUAGAGAAAAUGACUAUUAGAUUACCAGAAAUAAAAGAUCUGAUUCUACAAAAUAAAGACUUGCCCAAUGAAUAUGUAAAAAGUAGAGAUGUGGAUGUAUUUCAAAAAUGGAAACCAUAUGUUCAACUUGCAGACAAAAAAAAGUUGGUUCAUGAAGGUGAAGAGGAAAUGCUACUAUUGGCUGAGAGAAUGCAGAGUAGAUUUCCGGAACUGUUUGAUAAUGUUUACAGCAAUACUUCUUACAAGUUCAAGUACACGUAUUCUCAGCGAACUCAUAAAAGUGCACUUUAUUUCACUAGUGGUCUGUUCGGUAGAGCAGCAGCAAGAGAUAUCUGGUUCCCAGAACCCUCAAGAAAAGAUCCAAUUUUAAGGUUUUAUAAACUCUGUACUCGAUGGGAAAAUGAUGUUAAACAAAAUUCGGCCGCUCAGCAAGAGAGAAUAAUUUUUAUGAACGGAGCGGAAAUGUCUAAAACUGUUCAAGAAAUCAACGAGAGAUUGAAAAUGAAGAAAACUCUUCUGGAAACAGAGGACAUAAUUAUGAUGUAUGACAUGUGUGCAUAUGAAACAGCCUGGAACAAAUUAGCCAAAUCACCUUGGUGUUCUGUUUUCACUGUAGACAAUUUGAAGGUCCUGGAAUAUGCUGCAGAUCUCAAACAUUACUGGCGCGAUGGAUACGGUUUUGAAUUGACGUAUAAACAAGCCUGUCCUGCCUUUGGAGAUAUGAUGAAUUUCUUAGAGUCAAAAUCACGCUUUCCAAGAGUUAACGUAUACUUCACACACUCUGGCACAUUAUUGAAAAUGUUGGCCCAUCUAGGACUAUAUGAGGAUGACGAGCAUUUAACUGCAAAGAAUUUCGAUCACAUGUUGACGAGAAAGUGGAGGACAAGUUUGAUUGAUAGUUUUGGAACUAAUCUGGCUUUUGUUCUUUACAGUUGUGAUUCAGUUGACAAACUAUUGGUGCUGCAUCAAGAGAAAAUCGUCAGAUUGCCACCUUGUCCGGAUUCCGAUUUAUGUGAAGUGGACAAAAUCAAAGAGUUCUACGGGGAAAGUCUGGAUAGCUGCGAUUUUCAAGGCAUGUGCAAUUCGACUUUCACUCAGAGAGAUGUUGGGGAAGCAUAA